AUGGCAGUGGCAUGGGAGGAGUACUUCCGACUGGUCUUCCAAGAGAAAGCACCUCAGAAACCGGUAGAGCAGAAUGUGGUCCACUUUCCACCUCUGCUGCGUCUCCUGGAGAAGAAGCAAGAGCUAGCAGCUGUGGACCAGGAUCUGCAGGUCCAGAAGGAGGAGUUCCACAGCAGGAUGGCCACCCUGAGCCAGCGCUGGGCACAGCUGGAACAGAAAGAGCAGGCGCUGAAGGAGUCCUUCAUCCGCUUUGACAAAUUCCUGCAGGACGCCGAGGCCCGGCGUGGCCGCGCGCAGAGGAGAGCAGCUCAGGAGGGGCACGGAGUGCGACACCGGGAGGCAGAGGCGCUGCGGCUGCGAGCACAGUUGGAGGAGCUGCGGCGGGAGCGCGCCCGGCUGCAGCGCAGGCUGCGGCGCCUGGAGCCCUGCGCGCGCCUGCUGGAGCGCGUGCUGGAGCAGAUGCCCGAGUUUCAGGAGAUUCCGGAACUGGUGGCGCGCUUUGAUGGCCUGGUAGACACACAGGCAGCAUUGAAGCUGGCAGAGCGCAAGCGACAGGCGGAGCUGGACGAGACCCAUGCUCAGCUGCAUCGUCUUCGGGAAACGAAGCAGGAUGAGCUGCUGCGCCUGGGCCAGCAGCGUGCACAGCUGCGAGAGCAGUUGGAGGCAGCACGUGAGCGCACACUGCAGUGGGAAUCCAAGUGGACUCAAAUCCAGAACACUGCAGCGGCCAAGACGCUGCUCCUGGGACGCACUCGAAUGGCUGUGCUCAACCUGUACCAGCUUGUGCGCCUGCGCCAGAGUCAGCCUCUAGACAUGGAUGUGGAGGACACCGAGGGACAGCUAGAGGAGGUGAAGCUGUUUAUCAUGGACCUCUCGGCCACACUGGCCAGCCUUGCCCAGGCUGAGCCCACAGUCAUGGUCUCUAGUCCGGCCAGACAAGCAGCGAAGGGGACCUGAGGGACCAAGUCCCACAUUUGUUGGUGUACAGGCUCAACCAACAGCUCUCUGAACACCCUUCUUCCUGGGCAAGAUGGAGCCGUGCCAGCCCAUAGGACAC